AUGUACGGUUCAGUGGAAACAACAAUCCGCACGAUUCGAUCGUCCAUCUUGCUGAUGCUGACGAUGCUAGUGGUGGAGCUGUGCACCGGUCCAGUAACGGUCAUGUACGAACGGAUCGAACAGUUCAAAGGAUACGAACUAGUCGAUUUCAAAAAUAUUCGUAUCCGAAAGUACAACCGAACAGUAGCAGUGUUAAACGGGACGUUUGAUUUAUUCCAAGCCUUGGAUGACGAUUACUCCUACACUGUUCGGCUGGCGUAUAGUAAGCUGGGUAACAAUCAGUUCAUAAAUUCACCCAUCCGGUUGCCGUUGCAAAAGAUGUGCCAGUUUCUAAACACCACCUAUCGCGGCUAUCGGGAGUUUUAUAGAAACAUAUCAAACUUUCCCGACGUGGGCGAUUGCCCGGCAGAAGCAAAACAGUACUACAUCAAAAAUCAAGUGUUGGAUGCAGACACAUUCAACGCUUAUUUCCGGUCAGGUUUGUGGAAGCUCACAAUACAUUUGUAUGAGAGCAUCAAUUUGGACAUACCGGUCGCGACAGCAGAAUUGCUGUUUAAAGUGUCACGCGAAGGGAUGUUUUAA